AUGCCGUCGUCGCACCCGCAAUCGCCGAGUGAGCAUAUAGACGUGCUCGAGAUGAACGAAGCCUUCGAAAAAAUCGACGGAUCUUUCGAAUUUACAGGCACUCUCCUCGUGUACAAAGCUGGCGGCGACUUGCACCACGCAGUUUUGAAAGCUCGCUACUCGUCGCCCUCGGAGGUCAAAGUCGAACAUCUCAAAAAUGAUGGCCUCAUCCCCGUCUCCGCCUACAACCCUCUCUUCCCGCUCGGUUUUACACGUGCACCCGAGCCCCUGCCACGAAAUUGUCACAUCAAGAAGCCUCGGCUGAUAUCCUACGAUCGAAUUCGCCUAGGGUCCCAGCCGAAUCAGAUCGCAGAGUCCGUUCUCCUCGAAGCUGCAGUCUGCGAGUUUCUGAAGCUACAUCCGCACCCCAACAUUGCCACGUACCUUGGCUGCCAGGUUUCCGACGGGAGAAUAACUGGUCUUUGCUUUGUGGGAUACCAGCGCACCCUAAUGCAAGAAGUCAACCCGCGCGGUCUCAUGAAGAGAAAAUUUAGGUCAGACUGUCAGAGAAGCAAGGACUAUAGCGGUAUGCUGGCCGGAAUCGAGAGCGGUAUCAAGCAUCUUCAUGCCUUGGGUUUAGUUCACAACGAUAUCAACCCAAGUAACAUAAUGUUGGACGGCGACAAGGCGGUUAUCAUUGAUUUCGGCUCUUGUAGGCGGGCAGGGGAGAGCCUGGAAGGUGCUGGUCGCACUUACGAGUGGUACGAUGAGCAAGUCGAAACCGCUCUUCCGCAAAAUGACCUCGACGCAUUGGAGGAGAUUCGAAUAUGGUUAGGCGACGAUUCCAAGCCAUUCCAGUUUCUUGAAUAA